ACUGAACCGCUGCUAGAGUCACUGAAGAGGAAAGACAAGACGAGUUCUGUUGCAGUUGAGUUAAAGGCUGCGAUGUCAGGUGUUUUCGUCUAACUUUUAGCUCGUCGGGGAAAAAGAAAGAUGCGGCGCUCUGGAGCUCCCAGCAAGCUCUUGGGUAAUGCAGUGAAAAAGUCUCGAUUUGUGCCACCUGGUGCAUGUACUUCACUUUCUGUGGCUCAAUCCAAGCCUUUGACCCCCAAACUUGGUUCAGGCAAUGCACUGGAUAAAGUCCAGAGAAGCCUUGCAACACCAGGUGCAAGUAAGACAGAGUUUAACGUCCAGCCUGAAGCUGCCCCAGCCUUGUCAAAGGUUCUGGCUCGUGUUCUCAGUGCAACUGAGAGUAAGGAAAAUGAGGCUGAGACAAAGCAUCAGAACCCUGGAUUAGGAGCCUCUGCUGAAGACUAUAAACCAGCAGGAGUGAAUGAUGGCCCUCCUGGGUCUCCCCAAACCCCUCAGCCUCCUGCAGGCUCAGACUCUGGCUGCAGUCAGGAUGGGGCGCGUUACUUCAGUGUGGUGUGGUGUAAGGCCAGCAAGAAGAAACAUAAGCGCUGGGAGGGAGACGCAGUGCUGGUGACAAGAGGACGCACAGUCACUCUUAAAGAUAUGGAGGGGAAGGAUAUCGGAAAGGGUAGUGGCUACAAGGUGUCGGAGCUGGCCUCGCUUUCCGAGGGAGAGACUCUCAUGAUUGGUGGGAAAGAGGUGGAGGUGAUGGGAGUCAUUUCUGCUGAGGACUUUGCCAAGGGGCGCUGUUUUCAGGAGGUCCAAACAGAGCGAGUGGAGUUAAACACAAAGUCUGCUCCACCACCCUCCUGCCGCUUGGCAUUCAAACCUUUUUGCCCUCCAACAAUGGUGGGCGGAGCGGGCCACAGAGAAACAAAACCAGAGGAGGAACAAAAUCGCAGACCUCGCCAUGACCCCCUCGCUCCAGGUGCACUGGUGAUGCCUCGCCCUUCCGCCAACCACCAGUGGUUAAAUAACAAGUCAGGGCUUCCUAUGGUCGAUGUUGUGCUUGACCCACACCUGACCACACACCUGCGACCGCACCAGAGGGAUGGCCUGCUCUUCCUCUACGAGUGUGUCAUGGGCAUGAGAGCUGCAGGUUGCUACGGUGCGAUCCUGGCCGACGAAAUGGGUCUGGGAAAGACUCUCCAGAGCGUGGCGCUGUCUUGGAUGUUGCUGAAGCAGGGACCUUAUGGUGGGAGGCCAGUUGCUAAGCGUGUGCUUGUGGUUACACCUGGCAGCCUGGUACAGAACUGGGCCGCAGAAUUCAACAAGUGGCUGGGCCGUGAGAGGAUCAGUGUUUUCACUGUGGAUCAGGACCACAGGAUAGAGCAGUUCGUUUUGUCCCCACUGCACACCGUUCUUGUGAUAAGCUAUGAAAUGCUGCUGCGCUGCCUGGAGCAGGUCCAGAAAGUUGAUUUUGGUCUUAUAAUCUGUGAUGAGGGUCACAGAUUAAAGAAUAGCAACAUCAAAACAUCAUCAGCCCUCAGCAGCCUCAAGUGUAAUCGCAGAGUCAUACUUACAGGCACUCCAGUUCAAAACGACCUGCAGGAGUUCUACGCCAUCAUUGAGUUUGUGAACCCUGGGAUUCUGGGCUCAUCGACUGCUUAUAGAAAAGUAUACGAGGAACCAAUCCUGCGCUCCAGACAGCCCUCAUGCACAGAGGAAGAGAGAGUUUUGGGAGAGGAGCGAGCGGCCGAGCUCUCUCGUCUGACUGGCAUGUUCAUCUUGAGGCGGACGCAGGAAAUCAUCAACCGCUACCUGCCUCCUCGCCUCGACUGGACGUUGUUUUGUGAGCCGUCCCCUCUGCAACGAGAGCUGUACAAGCACCUCCUCUGCCACAGAGUCUUCAGGGCCUGCCUUCAGGGCUCCACUCAAACCCACACACAUCUGGCUUGCAUCACCGCACUGAAAAAGCUCUGUAAUCACCCCGGACUGCUCCACGUCACUGUUAAGGAGAGGACAGAUGCUGGCUCUAUGGAGAGUUCAUUAUAUGAGGGGCUGGCAGAUCUCUUCCCAGAAUCCUAUUCUUCAGGAGGAUUCACCAUGGCUGACUCUGGAAAACUGCUGGUUCUUACGGACCUGCUUGCCGCCAUUAGACAGCUGAGCUCUUCAGACAGGGUGGUCGUAGUGUCAAACUACACUCGGACGCUAGACUUGCUCCAGGACCUGUGUGUACACAUGGGCUACACCUUCUGUCGGCUGGACGGACAUACCCCCACGAACCAGAGGCAGCGACUGGUCGACAGUUUCAACAGUCCCUAUUCUCAGAACUUCCUGUUUCUGCUGAGCUCUAAAGCAGGUGGGGUUGGGCUUAAUCUCAUUGGCGCUUCCCACCUGGUGCUAUACGACAUCGACUGGAACCCUGCCAACGACAUUCAGGCCAUGGCUCGGGUGUGGAGAGAUGGACAGAAGAAGACUGUGCACAUCUACCGUCUUCUCACUGCAGGCACCAUUGAGGAGCGUAUAUUUCAGCGACAGGUGUCCAAACAGGGACUCUCUGGAACCGUGGUUGACAUGGGGAAAGGGGCAGAGCACACGAGUUUCUCCACCAGUGACCUGCGAAAUCUUUUCAGCCUGACGGAGACACCCUGCCUGACUCAUGACCUGCUGAACUGUGGCUGCGGCAUGGAUGGCACACUCAGCGCUAUCACAGAGGAGGAGGAGCUGGUUUCCGAACGGCCCUGCCAGCUCGGUCGUCAAGGUGACCGUAAGGGGGCGACACAGAAGCAUCUCAGCAUGUCCGAGCUCAUGCAGUGGAGACAUUUCUCCGGUGACACACACUCCUUCUCUGACCCCUACCUCGAUCACGCGCGAAACAACAUCACUUUCGCCUUCCAGACCACCAUCUCUCACGCAACCCAGUAAACAACCAACUCGCGUGACGCACACUCGCAUAGCUUUCUGCACAAACCUCUUCAGGUCCUCUGGACUUUGUCAGCCUCGAUUUGACGUAUGAAUAACGCUCCACCACUGCUGCACGUUACGCUAUUUCCAGUAGUUUUAAAACCGCUUUGCUCAUGAGAUUCUGUAUUGCCCUAAAAUAUUCACCUUUUGUUUAUUUAUGCAAAAUAAUUCACUGUAAAAUUCUAUAACAUGAGCAUAAAUGAUUAAGAAAUGUUUAACAUUUGUCAGCGUUUGAAAAGUUCUUGCUGGUGGAAGAGGCGCAUAUAAAAUACAGAUUUAUAUCAUGGGUACGGCCAUUCAACAGACAUUUCUAUCCAAAGGAAUAUUUAUUAUGUCAUUGGUAGGAUUUAUGUUUCUGUGGGGUGCCCAGUGAAU